AUGGGAAUUUGGGGAGCAAACGGAGUGGCUGGGAAGGCUCCGAAGAAGGGUCACGUCCCGCUGGACGUCGACGGCUAUCCUGCUGCUCCCGCCGAAUUAGAGUUGCAGCAAGUCCAUGUUUAUGUUCGCCAUGGUGAACGCGCGCCCGUCGGUAUCCGUAUGGCCGGACCACCCGCAAAUCUUCCGGAGCACUGGAUGUUCUGCCAUACGGCGCGUGAAUUUCGCGCGGCGGUUGCCAGCGUAGCAUCCGGCGACAGCUUCUCUGCCUUCCCGCCUAUCCAGGACGAGCUCAAGGCGGAAGAGCUACGCGUACGCCGCGUCGUAGAACGGCCUGAUGGUACAGCCGCGGUCGGUGAAUGUCUGCUUGGCGAACUUACGGAUAUCGGGCGCGAAUCUACAUAUAAUUUCGGAAGCAAUCUUAGGAAGCUUUACAUUGAUAGAUUGAAGUUCCUACCCGAUGUCGUGCGCUCGAAUGACGAAUUAUACCUGCGCUCCACGAAUAUGCCCCGGACCAUUGAGUCUCUGCAACAAGUCAUCCAUGGGUUAUAUCCAGUGUCAAAGUCUGCUGCCGACUUUGUACCACUCUUGAGAAUCCGAAACGGCAAGGAUGAGAAUCUGUUCGGAAACACGCUCGCUUGCAAGCGUCUUGAAGUCCUACAAAUUGGGUUUGCGCAAGCUGCCGCCGCGGCUUGGAACAGUACGUUAGAGCCCCUGGAUAAGAAAUUAUCCAAGUACAUUGGUGGGAACCCCGUACGUCUUGAUGGGAAACCAAGGGCCUCCGGUAUCCUUGAUACGAUCCGUGCCGCAGACGCACAUGGUGUGGAAGUGCCGCCAGAAUUCAAGGAGGAAGGCGUCUUGGAUACUAUUGAGAAGGCUGUGGUCACUGAAUGGUUCGCCGGGUACCGUUCAGAGGAAGUGCGCAGGCUAGGCAUGGGUCCCUUACUGAGCGACUUGGCGCGCAAGAUGCAAGUGAAGGCCGAGAAAGGUGACGCCGAUCCCACCAAGAUCCUCAUCCACAGCACGCACGAUACUUGCCUUGCUGGUCUGUCAAACACUUUGGACAUCUUUGACGAGAAGUGGCCAGCUUUUACGGCAGCUGUGACUUUUGAGCUCUUCAAGUCACGUCAGCCUGCGACGCCGCCAGCCUCAACAUGGCAGAGCCUGUUCUCCAUCUUUACUCCCGCGCAAGGGACUUCGGAGCAUUACGUCCGUGUACGGUACCAAAACCAGAACAAGCCGCUGCCGCUCUGCGCGGAGGAAGGAAAGCACCUUCCUGGUCAUCCCGAGUUCUGCACGCUCGCCGCAUUCCGCGAGCGGGUCAAGGAGCUGACGCCAGACGACUGGGAGGCAGAGUGCACUUUCGUUCCGGGGAACAAGGAGAAAGAUCGUGAAGCUGCGCAGGCGGCUGCCGCUUUGACAAUCGCCAAGCCUUGA